CUAACCUUCUCACACUCACCGAAACCAAUGAAGAAGUGGUCGUAUCACAGGGGUGCGAAACGUAGAAAUCCUGCAUCUUCGGUGAUUUUACGGUGACAGACACAAGGGGUGGCAGACACUUGGAUAGAGAUAAAGUGAGAGGGGGGUUCCUCCUGGUCUGUCACCUAAACGUGUUUUCAGGCCGAAUUCCAACGACGCCCUACUCGCGGACUCCAUUCUGAUUUCACACAUCAAAUAACGUUACGCGGCGGCAUCAUGGCCUACAUCGCUGUCCAAAGGAUAAAAAGGGAAUUUAAGGAGGUCCUGAAAAGCGAAGAGACGAGUAAGAACCAGAUCAAGGUGGACCUAGUAGAUGAGAACUUCACAGAACUUAGAGGAGAGAUAGCAGGACCCCCAGACACACCCUAUGAAGGAGGUAGAUUUCAGUUAGAAAUCAAAAUUCCAGAAACGUAUCCAUUCAAUCCACCAAAGGUGCGAUUUAUCACAAAAAUCUGGCAUCCCAACAUCAGCUCUGUCACCGGUGCCAUAUGCCUGGACAUCCUGAAAGACCAGUGGGCGGCAGCCAUGACACUUCGAACGGUGCUGCUUUCGCUACAGGCUUUACUGGCGGCAGCAGAGCCAGACGACCCACAGGACGCUGUGGUCGCCAAUCAGUAUAAGCAGAAUCCAGAGAUGUUCAAACAGACGGCUAAACUCUGGUCGCACGUAUACGGUGGCGCUCCCGUCUCCAGUCCAGAAUACACACGCAAAAUAGAUAAACUCUGUGCAAUGGGCUUUGACAAAAAUGCAGUAAUAGUGGCACUGUCAUCGAAAUCCUGGGAUGUUGAGACGGCGACAGAACUCCUGCUUAGCAACUGAUUCCAGUCUAAGAGUCUACCUGCCUGCACCUGCCCUAAGACCACCAUCCUCCUCAUCUCCAACAUCCUCCCAUCUUGCCAUAUGCAAUCCUCUCUUUCUCACUCUCUUUCUGUCACUCUCUCUCUCUGUCAUUCUCUCUCUCUCUCUCUCUCACACACACACACACACACAAACAAACAAACACACAAACAUUCUGUGUCUUUCCACUGUCUGAGCCCUUGAUCAGGUCCCAAGGCAAAAGCCCCCACAUUCUCACAAUCUUGCAGUGUCAACAUUAAGUCAUAUACACACACACACACUCACCAACCAGCAUACAUCUUCCAGUGUUCACCUUCCCUGGACUCUACUGUUCUCCUCCUCCUCUCCCUCUUCUCCCACCAUAUCCCCACACAUGGGCAUUUGACACCUUUCCCUAACUAGAUAUGGCUUCGCUCUCCCCUGUACGUACACACCACACACACACACACACACACACACACACAUACACACACACACACACACACACACACACACACACACACACACUCACACUCCAAAAUGCAGUCUCUUCCGUUUUCCACUUUUCCUGAUUUUACCUGGACUGGCCAUUGCCUUUUGCUUUCUUCUGAAACCAUUCCUCUCCAGUAUGCAGCUUCUUCUAUUCCAUUCUUUUUUCUCCAUUCCAACCACACUCUCUCCUCUUACCUUUGUGUUGUUGUCAGGUGACUUCACCAGGCAUCUCUUUUUUUUAAUAAUUCCCAUUUCCCCUCGACCUCCUCUCCCUACCUCUUUUAUGCACAAUCAUCCAUACAGUAUCUACCCCCAAACUCCCUUUUUUUAUUUGGAAGAAUUUGGACUCCCCCUUUUAAGCAAACAGAUAAUGUAAAGAAAUUAUAUCUCAUCAUCCCCACUGUUCACCAACAGCAUAGCCUGAACCAACCAAGACUGGAUUAUUAAAGGAAAAAAAAAAGAAAGUAAUGAUUUCACACCCACAGAACUAUGUCUUAAGGAAAAAAAAAGAUUUCAUCUGUAAAUAAUGCUAUUAAAGUCUGUAUAAAUGAAAAA